GCAACCGUUGUCUAUUCGAUGAAAGUUCAAAAAGUCUACGUGAAGUUCAUCUAUCUACUAUGUAUAUUGUAUUGAUGCACUCGUUGUAUUGCUACUUUUCAAGGGGUUAGUUGUGAAAUCUUUUAAUUUAUGCUUCAUUGAAAAAUAAUUCAUUUUGUGUUAGUAUAUGAUAAGUUACACUUUUUUUUUUUUUUUGGCAGAGGGAGUAUAUAUAAAUUAAUCCAAACACAUAACAGCCUAGCUAUCUAUAUAGUUAAAGACCAUUAGUUAUACUACUUCAAGUCUUCUACCUUCCAAGUCUACUUUCCAAAGUUCAAUUUAAUUUCUUGUGAAUUUCCAACAAACCGACAAUAUGAUGGUUACUUGACAGAAUUUGAAGAAGAGAUAUGGAUUGCAGGAAAUUCAAGAUAACACUUUUAUCAGCAAACGAUUUAGAAGAUGUUCGGAAACUCUUCAAGAUGAAAGUUUAUGCGAGGGUUUCCAUCGGAAGCAACCCGGAGACGGAGAAGAGGACGCCGCCGGACAAGCACGGCGAAGUCAAUCCGGCGUGGAAUUUCACUCUGAAUUACACGAUAAACGAAACCAUGUUGCAUGAUUACAACAACACGCUGGUCAUCAAGCUGUAUUGCAAGAGGAAGCUAGGUGACAGGUACGUAGGGGAAGUUCAUGCGUCCAUGAAAGAUUUGUUUGAUUACUCAAAACAAAUUGGUGGAAGUGCUGUGGUGACUCAUCCUGUGUUGAAGGGUUCUGUGCCUUCUCAAGGGGUUUUGAGAUUUUCUUACAAAUUUGGUGAGAAGGUGAGCAUUGAUAAGCAACUUCUGAUUGAUAAUAUUGAUGAUUGGAGCUUGUUCAAGGGCUGAAAUUAAUUUUGAAGUUGGGAUUUAUCUCAUGAUAAUCUCCUCUAUAUAUCAUGCUUGUAUGCUUGGUAAUGAAUCUAAGAAGAUAGGAUGGUAGAAGAAAGAGUGAAGAACUUUUCGUUGAAUUCAUACAGUAAAAUGAUUUUAAAAGUGGCGUACUAAUGAUAAUGAUCUUGUUAUUUAUAUGUUUCAACCUUUUAAUAGGGGUUGUAAUGAUUUUGUCUUCUCAUUUUUAUCACAUCUUUGUUUGAGUCAUUUUGCUGUAUGAAUUCACUGAUUAUCAUUGGUUGAAAGAAUUAUGUACAUAGUCUUGAGAACAGAUUCCAUGGCAGCAUUGGGUUUGAAGAAAUUGUAUGAAUUAGUUCACUAUGAGCUUUUAACUUCCUUUGAUAAAUGAUGUAUAUAUUCAUUUUCCCUUUUUGUUUUUCUUCCAUUUAUUUUUAUUUUAAAGAAUAAACGUUGGUAAAGAGGAACAAAAACCCACAUCCCCUCCGCACAAACACCCACACGCAAAAUCCACAGAGUUUUAUUUCUCCGAUUUGGGAUAAAUUAAUCCGAUUUGCAUCUUUCUUGUACAAAGACGGCUGUAAGAAUAUAAAAUGACUUAAAGUGUGACAUUUUGUUUUAUUGACGCAAUAAAGAGGACCAAAUUAAUCUAGAUCAUGAUUAUUAUAAACAAUAUUAUUUGGGGAAAAUAAAAUAUGACAUGUUGUAACCAUGACAGUUUCUAAACGAUAAAU